CACUAAUUCUUCAUUAGGGCAUUGAAAUGAAACUAGCAAAGUAGAAUACUUUGUUUUAAAUCAGCUCGAAGUGAAAGGACUAUGACGUUAUCAUAUACUGGGAAAGUACUGUUCCAGGGAAGCGCUGACGCAGUUCCUGUAAGGAGAGUAUUUGUACUCUCCAUCUCUUGAGGGCUGCUAAUGGACGGAGACGUGUCACAGACAACUGUCCCAAGCCGGGGGCCACACCGGCAGCCUCCUGAUAACUGCUGGCUGGGGGUUUAAUCAAGUCCCCCGGGCCUCUUUCUAAAGAAUUACUUGACUUAUCUCCCACCAGACAUGAGCAUAUAAAGUCUCUAUCUCCACGUCAGAGACGGGCAGGAAAACGAGGAAGCGCCACAUUUGGAUUGGUGCCUGGCUGACGUUGGGCAGCAGUUUAGUUCCGGCUGUCUUGCACUUGUGCUGCUGAGAGGACUCAGAAGGGGCAGACAGCUCAGUCAUAUAUCCCCUCAUUGCACACCUCAGUAGAAAGAAAACCCCUGCAGGAGCAGGAGGUAAAUGAUGUAAGAUGAACUUUUUAUUGCACGGGAAACAACGCGAGAACAACGGCGACCCGCUUUACAAACUGAGCAGCUGACACAACACACUUCAGAAAACAUGUUCUUCGUUCCAGAACGAGUUUAUGAACUCCAACCUUGGAAUAAAACCCUGACAUGGCAAGCUGCGGCAGCGGUCAGUCUGAUGAUCCGCUCCUGUGUUCUAUCUGUUUGGACGUCUUCCUGCAGCCAGUGUCUCUGUGGUGUGGACACAGCUUCUGCAGGACCUGCAUCAAGGCCCACUUCCAGAGAAGACAAACGUGUCCUCUGUGCAGGCAGCUGAUUGGCAGGCGUAAGCGGGACAAGCUCCAGGUCAACAUCGCACUCUGGAAAGCUGCUGAAAAACUCCGCGCCUCCAAGGCCGCCGCCGAGUCUUCGCCGUCGGCCUCCACCAUGGCGGCCACGCUUUGUGAUGUUUGCACCAGAGCGAUGAAGCCCGGGGGCCGUCCAGCCAUGCAUGGACUGUGCGGCGUCUUACUGCCAGCCUCAUCUGAGGGUGUCCACGCUGAGGAGGCACAUGCUGAUCAACGCCCGGACCGACUGGAGAACCUGACCUGCAAGAAACACAGCAAGCAGUUGGAAAAGGUUUGCAGGGCCGACCAGAUCUGUGCAUGCCUCUCUUGCACGGCGGUGGAUGACGGUGCCCGUGAGCUCACCUCUCUAGAAGCCGAGUGCAAAGAGAGGAGAUCUCGGCUGGAGGCAAUGGUGAUGGAUCUCUACACGGUGGCCCAGUGGAUGGAGACGGAGGUUGUGGAGAUCAACCAGGUGCCCCAGAAAGGUGUCCAGCAGCAGGUGACCAAAAGCAUCAAAAUCCUCACAGAGAAGAGAGCAUUGGCGCACACGCAACUGGCGGGGUGUAGCCAGGCACUGGCGGAGGAGGUGACCUGGGCCGGUGAGGUCACUGCAAAGCUGAAGAAGGAGAGCCAAGAGUUAAUGCAGAGUAGCGGCAACCUGGAGAAACUCUCUAUGAUGGAAGACCACAUCCACCUCCUCCUCCAGAGUGCCUCCAGUCUCUCCUCCAUUCUGCUGGAGGAGGAUAACCUGGAGAGAAGAACGUACCAGAGCAGAGAGAGGAGCAGGGAAGCUUUGCGAUCCUCUGUGGAUGAAACGGUGGCUCACACCAAGAGAUGUCUGUCUGAGGUCAGGGACAGACUGGACAUAGAGAUGGAGGAGGAGAAGGAGGAGGAGAAGAAGACGAAGAAGAAGGAGAACGAGAGGGAGGCGGAACAAAAGGAGGAGGAGAAAGAGGAGAAAGAAGAGAGGAAGCAGAAAAGGGAGAAGAGGAGGGAGGAGGAGGAGGAGGAAGAAGAGGAGGAGAAGAAGAGGGAGAAGGAAGAUGAAGAGAAUACGGUAAAGAAGAGGGAGAAGAGGAAGAAGGUGUCGGGGCAGGAGAGGGAGGUCUGGAACGAGGCGUGGCAGGUGGUGCUCAUUUGUGUUUGUGUGUUGUGUUCUCUUCUGUGUGUGCUCCUGCUGUACAGAGAAGCCAGCAUCACCACACUGGUUCUGGCUGGCUGCAUCCUGUACCUUAUUUCAAAGGUAUAAAAGCAAACACGGUCCAAACACGGUGUGCAAGAGAAUAUAUACACUAAUAUAUACAAUAUAAUACACACAAUCAUAUAGAUACACUUGACUAUCACGGCACCGUCUUUCGUGACAUUAUAUCGAUUUUCAAAAACACUGCAUUGAUUCUUUAGACGACACACAGAGAGGCAUCAGCGUCUCUGCUUCAUCGUGUGGUUUCAUCUCUGACCACUAGGUGGCAGGUGCAGUAUUUUAACAGGGCUGAACCACAACAAUAGCAGGCAGUGUUAGGACUGAUUACUCUGAUUUGGUGCAUGUUUAGCUGUUUUAUACAUGUUAGUUUUAUCUGAAUCUUGGCAGAAUGUUGUAGUAUAUCACAGUGUUUACAGUGUCAUAGUACAUCAUAAUACAUCAUAAUACAUCAUAAUACAUCAUAAUACAUCAUAAUACAUCGCCUCUGGGCAAUUGCAUCGUAUCGCCAAUUUAUUGCCGAUACACAGCUUUAGUCCAGACUCACCAUAUCGUUUUGCUUUUGACAUGUUUUAGUCUUUUUAUUGGAUAAUAUAGCUUAAAGUGUUCAAUACCCCAAAAAAACCUCUCAAAUCAACUGGUGUUUUCUGUGGUACUGUCCUGCAGCGGCAACGCAACUUUGACAAAAAUUGAAGGCGACUAAAUGUCCACUGUGAUGGAUUACCUAUCUCAAACAAGCUUCAUGUUUCUGCACGUUGAUUUUCAUACAGAGCUCAAAUGAAUGGAAACUAAUGGCUGCGUGGAAGGAAGGAGAAACAGACCAAAAUAUGUUGAAAAACGAGGUCAGGGUGAUGUAAACUCUACUCCAUUUGUAGUAAAUGGACUCAAACACGCAGAAACCGUUGUGAGGUCGUUUGAAGGCAAACAGGAAAAACAACUUUGUUUGUCAUCUAUCUUUUUAAGUAACAGGCAGCAGUUUGUAAAGAUAGGUGAACAUAAACCAUCAUGCACGGGUACAGGGGCGUACGCUCAUCGUGGUGCCCCCAUGAUUGGCAGUAAUCACGGAAAAAAUGGAUAAAACGUACGCAAUCUGAUCUGAUGCAUUACCAUCAUACAAAAUAGGCCUAACUCACGCAACGUUCCCAACAAAUGGCCAGGUUAUAGGCAGUUCUCUAUCUAACCCACCCAGCAGAUGGCGUUAGUAUACAAAUUCUAUUAAUAAUGCUAUAAUAUACCAAUGUACUACAAUGCCUUUCGUUUGAAAUGUGAGUACUUACUAAACAAACAUUAACUAUGCCGUGGUUUAACACAGUUUAUUUGCACCCCCCCCCCCAUGAGAGGUUUAUUUCCAGUUCCUGCGUGCACCCCUGCGUGGAUAUUAAUUGUGGUGUACCCCAGGGGUCGGUUUUAGGCCCCAAACUGUUCAUUCUGUACUUAAAUUAUAUAUGCAAGGCAUCAAAAAUAUUGAAAUUUGUUCUACAUGCUGAUGACACGAAUAUAGUUUGUUCUGCUGAGAAUAUACAGCAGCUUUUGGAUUUGACCAAAACAGAAAUGGAAAAAUUAAAAUGACGGUUUGACAAAAAACAAUUCAUCCUUAAAUCUGGACAAAACAAAGUUUCUGUUGUUUGGAAAUCGCUCAGUAAAUACCAAAAGUAAAAGCAGUGAUAGACAAUAUCCAACUAGAACGAGUAUAUGAAAAUCAAUUUCCGGGUGUGGUGCUAGACCACAAAAUCUGCUGUAAACCCCACAUAACGUGUGCGUGCGAGCGAAGCUGGCAAGGAGCACUGCAGUCACGAGAAAAGCGAGUCACACUCUUUAUCAUAAGUCAUUGCACACUCUGUAUUGUUCAUUUAUUUUACCAUAUCUGAUGUACUGUGUGGAGGUAUGGAGUAACACCUACAAAACCAACAUACAACCAUUAUGUAUACUACAAAAAGAGCCAUAAGGAUAGUUGAUAAUGCAGGACAUCAUGAACACACCAACAAGCUAUUUUUUAAAGUCGAGUGACUUGAAGUUCAGGGAUUUAGUAGAAUUCAACACAGCACCAAUAAUGUGCAAACAAUCUACUACCAACCAAUAUACUAAAAUAUACUAAAAUAUUCUUUCUUUAAUUUUUCUUUCUGUGACACCGAGUGCCUAUUUGGGUUGGCACUGAGGUCUGUUUAUUGUUGGUACGUUUCUCUCACCUGUUUUUGACGUGUGUUGUUUUCUUCCUCCUCUUCUUUUUUCUCGUAUAGUUCACAGUAGGUGAGUUUGUGUUGUGCAGCACAACUUGCAGAGUGUGAACUACACAGUACAGUGGGAGCUGAGGGUGAAAUGUACAGUAGCUGAAUUAACUUGAGAGAAGGUGAGGAGGGGAAAAAAAACAAGUGUCUACCUCCUCCUCCUCCUCCUUUUCCAACAUGUAACAAAUAAUCUGAUGUACAUGGAGAUUUGUUUUGGUGUGCGGAUUUGUUGACAACUUCAGAUUAUUUACAUGUCCCAAAUAUCUAUCUAUCUAUCUAUCUAGCUAGC